UUCAGUUGGUUUUUACAAUUCAUAGUGAUCAUUAGCAGUUGCGGAAGAGACAAGUUGAGCAAUAAUUUAAUUUUUAUAAAAACAAAAAAUAAGAAGAAAAUUGAAAGUAAUUCAAACGAUUUUGUUUGUGUUUUGAAACAAUUGAUAUUCUCACAAAAUAUUCUUAAAAUCCAAUCGAAACAUCCAUAAUGAAUCAGAAAGUAUUGGGUUUAAUUGUGACCUUAUUUGCUGUCGCUAAUGCAGUCAAGGUGCCUGUAACCGUCUACUAUGAGUCACUUUGUCCAGAUAGUGCUAAAUUCAUCACCGAACAAAUUUAUCCAGCUGUUAAGGGUGAUUUGAAAGACCAUGUUGACAUAACUUGGGUACCUUUUGGCAAAUCAUCGUAUUCCACCCAAGGGUCCGAAGUUAAUUUCAAUUGUCAUCAUGGUCCUAACGAAUGCUACGGCAAUAAGGUGCAUGCUUGUGCCAUUGAUCAUAUACAAGCCAACUCGUAUCAACAGGAAUUUACCCGCGAAUCUUUGACAUUGGACUUCAUCAACUGUAUGAUGAAGGCUGGCAAGAAUUUCCCCGAUAAUGUUUAUCCUGGUGCCAAGUGUGCUCGCGACAAUCACAUUAGCAGCUGGGAAAAUAUACAGCAAUGUGCCAACAGCACUGAAGGCAGCCAGGCAUUAAUGAAACAUGGCCAAACUACCAUGGCUUUCCAAAAUCCAUUACUCAGUGUACCCACUGUAGUAUUUAAACAGCAAUACGACUCGAAAGUCAAUGAACGUGCUCAAAGCGAUUUCGUUGGUGUCUUGUGCAAAUAUGUUUCCCUACCUAUGCCCAAAAUUUGCGCCAGUGCCAAUUCGGCUGUAAGCAUUGCUGCUACUACUCCCUUAUUGGGUCUUUUGGUUUUUGUCUUCGCUAAGCUUUUCAUCUAAACCUUUUCAAAAAAGCUUUCUUUUUUUUUCUUAUUUUCUAUUGUGUAUCGAAAUUCGAUAUUAUUUUUUUGUUUCAUAUUUUUUUCUUUUUGUUUUUUUUAUUAAUUUCAGAAAAAGUAAGAUCAUGUAUAAUAAUUCUUCCGUCCAAAUACUUGAGUGUAUAUAAAGUAGAAUUUAAAUCAAGAUUCUCACAAUAAAGUUGAUAUAUAUUUUAUAUUAAGUAAAA